GGGCUGGUGGGGACUGCGGGAGUUGAGCUGAAGGUGAUCGUCAGAAAAGAUGCCGGCGGACGUGGAGUGUCCGGCCACGCCGCCCGAGCUGCCGCGCGACCCGACGCCGGAACGCGUGAAGCUGUCGCCGGGCGGCGCGGGCGGCACCAGCCCGUCCGCGUCCGGCCGCGCCUCGCCCGACUCGGCCUGCCCCAUCUGUCUGGGUCGGCUCGACAACAAGGCCUUCUCCGAUGGCUGCGCACACACGUUCUGCUUCACCUGCAUCUUGGAAUGGUCCAAGGUGCGCGCUGUGUGUCCGCUCUGCAAACAGAGCUUCACCUCCAUCAUCCACAACGUGCGGUCGGAGCUGGACUAUGACCGCUACAGACUGCCGCCGCCGCCGCCUUCGCCGUCCGAUCAUCCGCAGGCCUUCAUCUAUCGACCCGGGGACGAGACCCGCCCGCGCUGGCUGCAGCUACGCCGCCAGCCCUACCGCUACCGCUCGCUGGUACUGCCCAUGCUGUGGCCGGUGGCGCACAGACACGACUACCACCUGCCGGCGGCGGCGGGCCGGCCGCGCGGCCCCGGCCGGUCGCGCGUGACGUCGGACGCGCGCCGCCGGCUCUACACCACGGACAUGUGGGCCCGGCCCACCGCCGACGAGCUGACCGGCCGCUACCGCGAGACGGGGCCGGACUUCUACAGAAACAACCCGGCGUGCACGCACCGACUGGUGCCCUGGCUGAACCGCGAGCUGAACGCCGUCCUGGACAGCCCGGCUCACCUGGCGCACGUGAUGGAGCACAUCAUGGAGCUCAUCACGCGCCUGCACAUCCUGAGUCGAGAGUUCCGUGCGCACCUGCAGCCCUACAUGAGCCCCUGGACGGAGCACUUUGUGCACGAGCUGUACUCGUACGCCCGCUCGCCGUACGACAUGGUCGGCUACGAUCUGCACGUGCAGUACGGUCCGGGUCGGCCGGCCUCGCCGGCAGCGCACGAGGCCGUCAGCUCGGCGGCAGAGAGCGACGACGGCGGCGCGUGCGGCGCGCUCGAUCAAGUGCGCACCUUGCUUGACACGAUACGCGCGCUCGAAUCGGACUCCGAUUCUGACUCGCCGGUGGAAGUGGUUGAGGUGUUGCCGCCGCGGCACGAGCGGCCGCCGCUAGUGGUGACGCUCUCCUCGGACAGCGAGGGCCCGGCGCCGACCGCGCCGGAGCCACGCCGCUCGUCGCGGUGCUCACCGCGCGCGCUGGCCUGCUAGUCCCGAGUCACCGCCCCUGCGCGACCAGCGCGCUGCUGCCUCCGCCUCCCAGUCCGCCGCCAGAGCGACCAGGCGUCGGCAUAGGGAGGCCGACUCUUCCAGUGGCGCCACGCGCCACAAGCGCGAGUCGAAGCGACGCUCAAGCGAGCUCUCUUCCAAGGGCCGCGCCCGCGACCAGAAAAAGACGGAGGAGAAGGCCUCGUCUUCCUCCAGCCGGCACAAGCGCCGCUCGUCGCGCCACUCAAAGACGCUGGUCGAUGGCGGGGAGCGCGCGCCCAAGCGGCGCCACAAGCGCGCCCGGGACGCGUCGCGCUCGCGCCGCCACAAGCGCGCACGCCUCAGCUCGAGUUCGGAGGCCGAGCCGCCGCCGCUGCCGCCGCUUGACGAGCCGUCCACGUCAGGUGCCGUGGCAGGACCGGCGCGGCUGAGGCCGUAUAAGCGCAUCCAGCCGCCGGCCAGCUCGUCCAGUGAGCGACCGUCCAGCUCGUCGAGCGUGGUGGUGCGGCCGGCGCGCGCCGUCCGCAGCCGGCCGCUCUCGUCAGACAGUAGCAGUGACGAGUCGGUGACGGGCCGCCGGCCGGCCGUGCGCAGCGCCGUGGUGCGGGCGCGCUGCGCGGUGGUCAGUGACGUCGAGUCCAGUGACUGGUGACCAGCGGACGUGGCUUCAGUGACCGGUGACCGGCUGAUGUGGCUCCAGUGAUCGGUGUCCCCGCACCCGGUCUGGCGAAAGUGGCGCCGCCUACCACGUGGUGCCAGCCCUGGACCGCCCCUUGCCCGACUCCGGAUUCCGUUGCAUUGGCUGGGAUGUGGGAUGCGCACAGCGGACCCAAUGAAGUGCUUACGUGUGAAUAUGUUUUGCACGGACUGACAGUGCCUAACGCACUCGUGUUUUGUGAUCGAGUGAAUGAGGCGUUUUCGGUCGGGUAGCGCCUGACUACGUGUUUUACAAAUCAGACGUCCGUACGUGCGUAUGACGUACGUUUUUUAUAGACCAGGGGUCACGUGGCAUUGACAGCCCUGUGUACGGAUGCAUCCAUAUUUUAUUGUAUCGAGGCAGUAAAUGUAUUCAUACUAGUGCUACUCGUCGAAUAGUAGACUGAUGAUUUGUGAUGGA